CAGAGCUUCAGCAAGACACAGAAGAGGGACGAUUCUACCAAGAGAAAACGACCGUUCACUGAAUCAGGAUGUCUAAGCUUGCACUUUUCAUUUUCUGCAUUUCAACACAGAUUUGCUCCCAGAUAUUGGCGCAGGUGUGUCCGACAAGGUGCCUCUGUCCGCAGGAGCCUCCGAUGUGCGCCCCCGGGGUCCAGUUGAUUCUGGAUGACUGUGCAUGCUGUCUGGUCUGUGCGAGGCAGAAAGGAGAGGUGUGCUCGGAAAUAAAUCCCUGUGAUACACACAAGGGUCUGAACUGCGACUACACAGCCGAUGUACACCAGAGGACAGGUGUCUGUGUCGCUCACGAGGGAGACAUCUGCCUGUUGGACGGUUCAGUGUACCGGAACAGGGAGACCUUCUUCCCCAGCUGCAAGUACCAGUGCACAUGCAGGGACGGCCAGAUCGCCUGCGUGCCGCGCUGCAACCUGGACGUGAUGCUGCCGGGCCCCGACUGCCCUCUGCCCAGGAAGGUGGCGGUCCCAGGGGAGUGCUGUGAGAAGUGGGUGUGUGAGCCCCAACCGGAGGCCAGUGCCCUGGGAAGCUUCGCCAUGGCUGCCUACAGACAGGAGGAGACAGUGGGGUUUGACUCGUGGGACCCCAGUACUAACUGCAUAGAGCAGACUACGGAGUGGGGCGCCUGCUCUCGGACCUGUGGCAUGGGCAUCUCCACCCGGGUCACCAACAAGAACACCCACUGUGAGAUGGUCAAGCAGACGCGUCUGUGCAUCGUCAGGCCCUGUAGCAAACAGCACCAGCAGCUUCAGCAGAAUUAUGUUCCUAAGAGAGGAAGCAAGUGCCUGAGGAUGAAGAAGGCGGUGAAACCCGUCCAGUUCAGCUAUAAGAACUGCACCAGCGUCCAGACCUACAAGCCCCGGUACUGUGGCGUGUGUGUUGACGGCCGCUGCUGCACACCCCACAGCACCAAGACAGUGCAGGUGGAGUUCCAGUGCGCUCAGGGUAAAGCCAUCAAGAAACCCAUGAUGUUCAUCAACACCUGCGCCUGCCACUACCACUGUCCCAGAGACAACGCUGUGUAUCAGCCAUCAGACCUGGUCUACAGUGGCUACAGGUUAUAAUACUGUACCGCAGAUACUUACAACUAAAGUUUCUCCUGUUCAUCUGUGACGGUAGUAUUGUACUGUACUGUAGUAAGAUGACCCUAUAUCGCCAUCUGGUGGCGAUAUUUUUUUAAUGACGCCAUAUCCCUGACGGUGUAUGGUUGGUCUCAGAGGGAGAAUCUCAAUCGCAUACUUAUCGCCUCCUCUCGCCUCCUUCUCAAAACCCAUUGGAUGAAAAAGCCAGAUGUCCCUCCCCUCUGACAUUCUCUUCCAAUGGAUUUUGAGAAGGAGGCGAGGAGAGAGGAGAGAGGACGCGAGGAGUAUGCAAUUGAGAUUCUCACAGUCAUCCCUUAGCUAACUUUACAGAAUAGAUGAGCUUUCUGCAUCUGAUACAGCUGGAAACGUUGUGCUUUAGUGUAUCACAACGGCAGAGUUUUCCUUUUCUGCUUGCUGCAAACGGCCUCAGUGAUCAUGCAGAGCUCCUAGGUCAGUUUUAGACAUCCUCUGGCUGUUCCAGAGGUAUUUACGAAAAUAGCGGUUAAGCUACCUACAAUCGUUUCAAGUGCAAUGUAUGCACAUCCAACAAUUUUCCAGCUGCACGUCACAAAAAAUUUUCUCAUGAAAGCAACACCUGCUCACUGUUGUAUUUGUUCAGGUGAAAACCUUGUGUUUCUAUUCCCCUCAUACCUCUGACCGUUGACCUUUUAGACAUUCCAGACUCUUGCCCUCUCCCAGGCUCUCCAAUCAACCUGGUCUUGGCCCACACAACAGUCAUGUCAACAGCCAGGUCAAAGGUUGUUCUCAUAACGUACUCCUACUUUCUACAGCAGCCUGGACCACUAGCCCCCCAAUACACGUCAGACCUGGGUCAAAUACAUGUGUCAAAUACUUGAGAUGAUUUAACUUGAGUUGGCAGUUGAUGAGACUGUUCCGUUGGUUCCAUUGUACAGGGUAAGCUAAGUCAAGUGCACCUCCAAAGUCUUUGACAUAGGUAUGUCACCCAGGUCUGAUAGACUUUCAUUGACUGCAAUGCAAUGUAGAUUUUCCUAAAACAGAACGUUAAUUUCCUACUCCUGUGUGGUCUUUUCCAAAGGCUUGUUUCCAGUAGUCUCUUGUAGAAAGACACAAGUUCUGUAAAUACUUACUGUAUAGUUGGUAUGAGCGUGUAUUAAAUACACAAUGUCUGUAUGUCUAUAUAAACCCAAUGUAAAUAUGAAUUCUAUACAGUGUCUGUAUGUCUUUGUAAACCUAAUGUAAAUAUGAAUUCUAUAUAGUGUCUGUAUGUCUUUGUAAACCUAAUGUAAAUAUGAAUUCUAUUUAGUGUCUGUAUGUGUACUCUGGUUGUGUUUCACCCAGCCUUUUCUGUCAUUAUAAUAAUACUGUGCUUACUCAUUAUUUCAUAUUAAAUAUGUAUUUUUUUCUAUAA